AUGGAUAUGCACUGCAAGGCAGACCCCUUCUCGGCAAUGCACCGGCAUGGGGGAGUGAACCAGCUCGGGGGGGUGUUUGUGAAUGGCAGGCCCCUACCUGACGUGGUGAGACAAAGGAUAGUCGAGCUGGCUCACCAGGGAGUGCGACCCUGUGACAUCUCCAGGCAGCUGCGGGUCAGCCACGGUUGUGUCAGCAAGAUCUUGGGCAGGUAUUACGAGACGGGCAGCAUCAAGCCCGGGGUGAUCGGCGGCUCCAAGCCCAAAGUGGCGACCCCCAAAGUAGUGGAUAAAAUCGCCGAGUACAAGAGACAAAACCCGACCAUGUUCGCCUGGGAGAUCCGGGACCGGCUCCUGGCCGAGGGCAUCUGCGACAACGACACGGUGCCCAGCGUCUCCUCCAUCAACAGGAUUAUCAGAACCAAAGUUCAGCAGCCUUUCCACCCGACACCAGAUGGGACUGGGACAGGAGUGACUGCACCUGGACACACUAUCGUUCCCAGUACAGCAUCCCCUCCCGUCUCCAGUGCCUCCAAUGAUCCAGUGGGUUCUUACUCCAUUAACGGGAUCCUGGGCAUUCCUCGGUCGAAUGGCGAGAAGAGGAAACGUGAUGAAGAUGUGUCUGAGGGCUCGGUUCCCAAUGGAGACUCCCAGAGCAGCGUGGACAGUUUGCGGAAGCACCUUCGUGCCGACACUUUCACCCAGCAACAGCUGGAAGCUUUAGAUCGAGUCUUUGAACGUCCUUCUUACCCUGAUGUCUUUCAAACAUCAGAGCACAUCAAAUCUGAGCAGGGUAAUGAGUACUCCCUCCCAGCUCUGACCCCUGGUCUUGAUGAAGUCAAGUCAAGUCUAUCUGCCUCUGCUAACCCAGACCUGGGGACCAACGUGUCAGGACCCCAGACGUACCCUGUGGUGACCGGUCGUGACAUGGCGAGCACCACCUUGCCCGGUUACCCACCCCAUGUCCCGCCGACUGGACAGGGCAGCUACCCAACCUCAACUCUCGCAGGAAUGGUACCUGGGAGCGAGUUCUCGGGGAACCCUUACAGUCACCCUCAGUAUACGACCUACAACGAGGCCUGGCGAUUCAGCAACCCUGCAUUACUAAGUUCCCCUUAUUAUUAUAGUGCCACAUCCCGAGGCGCUGCACCUCCCACUGCUGCCGCUGCCUAUGACCGCCACUAGUUACCAUGGAAACCACAUGAAACUGCAGGGCGACAGCUUAGGCCUUCAUAUUGUACCUGUCUGAUCAACGUUCUCCAUCCCUCGGAAGGGUGAAGAGAACUUCUCCGUCCCCCUCCACGCCCAGCUAUCCCUCCCCUUCCCUGCAGAAUGUGCUGGAUCGAAGCGCUCACAACAUCGGACUGAGAAAUACGCGUCCCCUGCACUCUGUCCCUCGCCUCAACUCAACUACUUCCGUGGACAACAGGAAAGGCCUGUGGCAAGCUCACCUGCUGCUGUAGUCCUUCAAACCAUCCCAGGCACAGUUCAGCCACGCAAGGCCACCCUGAUUUUGAAGACUGAGGGGAAUUCAAGCAAUGCAACCUGUAACCCUUGUUUAUACAGGACCCUGUUCUCCAGGGAGCGGUAGAGGCAGGGUGAAGUGGGGAGGAAGCCACCUGCAACAAAUUGUUCCCUCAAGAAACUUUCUUCCGUGGUGGAUGCUUCAAAACGCUAACCGAUAAGCCUGUUUCAGAGGCCUGAGGGACUGGUCUGGCUAGCAUGGGGAUGGCAGCACAGAGAGGCAACCCAGCUGGCAGUGAAGGAAAGGCCCAAGUGCAACACUCUCCAUUCCUCCUCCUUCCCCCCCACCACCCUGGGUCUCUCUGUGUGCUCCAUCCCCACUCUUCUCUUCAUGCCUUGGCUUCCUUCAAGGUUCCGUUUGAAGGCCACACCCAGCGUGUUGUGACCUCGCAGGCCGGAGUUGGGUUGAAACACACACAAACACGAUUUCUGUGACACACAAUCAGCUCAGACAGGAGGAUGGAGCAACAUCAACCAACCGACCGAUGAAAUGAAGAAAUAUAUAAAUAGAUAUAUAAAUAUAACUGUGUUUUUAUGCUUUGUCAUGAAGGUCUGUAAAAAGGAAAAAAAAUGAACAAAUCCCCAAUUUUCUAAAAAAGAAAACAAAAAACAAAAAAACAAAAUAAAAAAAACCUACAAAAAUAAACCCAAAUCCCCUCACCCGAAUGGCACACAAGUUCCUCUGAUGUUUGAUGCUCCCCUUUCACUCUUGGGUUUCAUUUCCUUUCUGUUUUGCACUAGAAUGUGAUGGUGGAGAGGAUUGGAGGCCAGCUCUGCCCCAUCACCUCCUCUUUUCCUAAUCCCAAUCCCAUUCUCUGCGGAGCAGUGUGGACAAUUCACAUCUGGCAAAAAAAAAAAAAAAAAAAAGUUACCAAACAAACCAACCAACUAAAUGCACCCCAUGGGAAGUCAGCUUUUUCCAUGUCAGUUGUCAUCAAACAAAGAAAACAAACCCAGUCUCUUGCUCUAACUUGCACUUGUGGUAGAAAGGAACGUGUGGGGUUUCAUGCAGGUCCAUUAGAUCUCCCUUCGCCAGCAGAGCUGAAACAGACAAAUUCAGAAUUGACUGGGAUUGUUGCUUGGUUCCCUACCACUUGGUUCCCAUGCGCUUAAACUUGCACCUACUCCUUUCACACACACCUGUCUCAGUCAACCUGACAUCUUAACUCCCACAGCUUAAUACCUGUGCCCUACACCGCUCCCUGAAUACCUACACCUUAACCCCUACAACCCCAUUAAGUGUUUUAUUCUCAAUUCCCAAACCCCUGCAGCCUUGCAGUCUAUGCCAUAUCCCACUCUCACGGUCCCUUCACCCUAAUCCCUACACUUAGUUCUCUGUGUUCUGCACCCUAACAUCUAUCCUCUAUACCCUCAUCUUUGCACCCUCAAGCCUAUAUUACACACCAUAAUAUUCACUCCCUGAUUCCUGAAUGCGCUUGUAAUGAUUCUGUAGUGAUUCUCUGCUCUCUUUGGUUCACCAGUGAUUGCCAAGCACUGUUUUGCAAAAGGCUGAUUGUCAGUGGAAAUGCUUAUUACUCCUGUGUUGCUGGCAACUUCAGAUGCUCCUGUUCUUUGGACUGACACUCCCAAAAAGCUAGUCAAAGAAAACAUGAAGGCUAGAGCUGAUCUCCUGGGCAGCAAAAGGUAGAUUCUCAUAGUUGGUUUAGAGAGAGGAUUGGGAUAAGAUGAGUAGGCUACUGUCCAUGAAUAAAGGCAGGAUAGAGUCAACCCAUUGAGGGUGGAAAUGUGAACCAUGGAACAAUUUCCAAACCUAGCAUUUGUAUAAAGCCAAUGGUUCCCAGCCUCUGAAUGAAAUGUGCACAUGGACUCAGCUUUCUGUCUCCAGGGUUAGCCUGAAGGCAAGAAAAGUCCAUCAGCAGCAGCUGGCUGUAAUGGUCCCAAAGACCCCACUCACCCAGAGCUCUUUUCAGCACUUGCACAUCGCAGGGUGACCAGAUGGAUGCAUUUUCUGCAAUGGGAUAGCACAGAAUGCUAAGAGGGAGUGUUUUUGUUUACACAGAAGAUAAGGGCCUAAAAUCUGUUCUGGUAAAUCCUGAGUAACUCCAGUGAAGUCAACAGAGUUACUCCAUCCCCACUAAGUCAAUGGAGUUGCUCCAGAUUCAUUACUGUGAACCCACUGAAGUCAAUGGUUAUUGGAAUUUAUCCAGAUUUAUGUCAUUGUGACUGGGUCGAGAAUUUUGCCUAUUGUCUCAGUCUAUCUCAAAUGAAAAAAGAGACAUUGGUUAAUCAUUUUAAAAAACUCACCCUUAUCAUCCCCUUGGCUUGUCCCCCACAUACUAGAUAAAUGCUGGGCCAUAAGCUGUGAU